UUUUAAGUCUUUUCUCACCAAUUGUCAUUACACUGAUAUGCUCGCAUGUAUUAAUGGAGUUUUUUUUAUUUGUGUAUCCUCUCAUGGAAGGAAGAAUUAAAGUUUCUUUCUUCUUCUCUGAAAAUCAUGUAACAUAAUUCCAAGAAUAUACCGCACCUAGGAGAGAAGAGGUUAGUUAAUGGGUUCUCCACCUGUUCACGCUUCCUCUCUCUCAAAAUAAUUACAUUUUUUUUUCUUUGAGCUCUACCGUCUGGUAUCUGUUUAUGAUUUUGAAGAUUACGUGUUUUGUGAAAAAUAUGAUGCAAGUGGAAUUGAUGUUAAAUUAAGAAGAAAAGAAAUGGGAGCAUGCGUAUCACGGCCAGAUAGUUGUGUUGGAGGUAAAUUGGGGGCUUCAAAUAAGUUUAGAAAAAGAAGAAGAGUAAGAAGAAGGAAGAAAUCUAACUCCCUUCACAAAAUUGAUGAGGCAUUCCCUUUGGAUAACUACAAUCCAACAUUUCAGGGAAGAAUUGAGGAGGCGUGGUUUGAUUCCGCUGCAAUAUUUGAAUCUGACUGCAGUGAUGAAGAUUUUCAGAGUGUUCCCGAUGAUGUACUUUCUCUCAACAGCUUUGAGUGUGGGCGGACUAGUGUAGCUUCUAUCAAAGAUGCUAACCAUGGGGAUGUUAAUAUAAAUGUCCACUGCCAAUUAUCCUCCGAACUGAAGAGGCAAGAGGAACUAUUAAGCAAUCUUGCUAGCAGCUCCGAAAGUUGCACUGGUAAAACUGUAAACACACCGAGAAGUUCGGUGCAUCCAAAAGAGGUGGAUUCUUGGAAAAACCUUGAUGGACCUCACAGUGAAGUACAGCCUGUCUUGUCCUCGGGAAAUGUAGGUAGUAGCAGGGAGGAUGGUUUGUUGGAGAACUGCGGAAUUCUUUCAAACAACUGUCUGCCCCGUCUUACCUCCACUGUUGUGCCAGUUGAAAAGAGAUCUCUUAGCUCUAGUCCUCCAAGUUCAAGGAAGAAAGCGGACCUAAAACUUCCCUUCAAAUGGAAAGAAGGAAAUCCUUGUGCCACUCUACUUUCAUCUAAAACCCUGCUUCAAAGGCCCAUAGCUGGUAGCCAAGUACCAGUUUGCCUGUUGGAGAAGAAAUUUCCUGAUAGUUGGUCCUAUAUUGAACCAAGUACCCUCAGGGUUCGGGGAGGAAACUAUUUCAGGGACAAAAAGAAAGAGUUUGCGGCAAAUUGUGCUGCAUAUUAUCCUUUUGGUGUUGAUGUAUUUUUAUCUCAAAGAAAAAUUGAUCAUAUUGCUCGACUUGUGGAACUUCCUGUCAUUGAGCACUCUGGGACACUUCCACCCAUUCUUGUAGUGAAUAUUCAGGUACCAUUAUAUCCUACUGCAAUUUUUCAGGGUGAAACCGAUGGUAAAGGAAUGAGUUUUGUCUUGUACUUUAAGCUUUCCGAAAGUUAUGCAAAAGAACUUCCUUCUCAUUUUCAAGAGAACAUCAGAAGGGUAAUGGAUGAUGAAGUGGAAAAAGUGAAGGGUUUUGCAGUGGAUGGUACUGUUCCCUUUAGGGAAAGGUUGAAGAUAUUAGGUCGUGUAGCAAAUGUGGAGGACCUCCGGUUAAGUGCAGCAGAGAGGAAGCUUAUGCAGGCGUACAAUGAAAAACCUGUUCUUUCACGUCCUCAACAUGAGUUCUAUAAGGGAGAAAAUUAUUUUGAGAUUGAUAUAGAUAUGCACAGAUUCAGUUACAUCUCUAGAAAGGGUUGUGAAACAUUCCUAGAUAGGCUAAAGCUUUGUUCGUUGGAUGUAGGCCUCACAAUUCAGGGAAACAAAAUUGAAGAAUUGCCAGAGCAGAUCUUAUGUUGUAUACGGUUAAAUGAAAUCGACUAUGUGAAUUAUCAGCAACUCGGGAUUAAUAAUGGAACCCCUUGAAUAGGUGCACAAACAGUGUUAAUCCACAGGAUAUGGCAAAUAAGUGAAGUUAUUAUUAGCUAGUUUGUGUCUCUCCCUUUCUCCCCCUUUUCUACAAUUGUCAAAAUCUGUUUUUCAAAUAUGCUCUCUGGAGAAGCAAAUGGCUUAUAGCUAUAUAUAUUUGAAUCUAUGGACAAGGCUGAGAAAAUAGUCAAUUGAGUGGCUGUUCUUUAUUUCAAUGUUUCAUCAACCAGCAGUCUUUCUGUUUU